AUGUUCUUUCGCUUAGUUUUAUAUGCCUUUAUAUUUAUUAGUAAUUUUUAUUUAAUAAAAUCUGUAAGUCAACCAGAAGUUAUUGUAGAGCAAGGCAUUGUUAGAGGGUUAUAUACGAAAACAUUCAGCAAUCGCCAAAUAGCAAGUUUUGAAGGCAUCCCUUAUGCAAAGCCACCUAUAGGAAAGCACAGAUUCAAGCAAUCCAUCCCUGCAGACCCUUGGAUAGGUAUAUACAAUGCAACAAGAGAGCCUCCAUCUUGCUUGCAACUAGAAUUGUUUGUAACAAAAACCAUCCAGGGAUCAGAAGAUUGCCUCUUUCUCAAUGUAUAUACACCAAAGCUUCCAGAAGGUGAAACUCCAGAACUUCUUGAUGUAGUAGCUUUUAUUCAUGGUGGAGCUUUCUCUAUGGGCAAAUCAGGAUUUUAUGGACCCCCAGUAAUUCUUCAAAAGGAUGUUGUUUUAGUGACGUUUAACUACAGGCUUGGUCCUUUAGGAUUCCUUAGCACCGAGGAUAACGUUGUCCCAGGAAAUAAUGGUUUAAAAGAUCAAGUUCUUGCUUUGAAAUGGAUACAAAAGAACAUAGCAGCAUUUGGUGGCAAUCCAGAUAGCGUGACACUUGGUGGGCUAUCAUCAGGAGGAGCAAGUUGUAACUACCACAUACUUUCUCCACUUAGCAAAGGUUUAUUCCAUAGAGCUAUUUGUAUGAGUGGAGCAGCUUUGAAUCCUUGGGCAGUUGCAGAAAAUCCAAAGGAAAAAGCAAUGAUGAUUGCGACUGAUCUUGGCUGUCCCGUAAAUGAUUCACAAAUUAUGAUUAACUGCUUGAGAAACAGACCAGCUGAACAUAUGGUUUCAUUACAGAAAUUUUCGUAUUGGAAAGAUAUUUUUCCACUUGUAGUUUUUGCUCCUGUCAUUGAGCCACCAAGUGAAAGUGCUUUCAUUUCUGAUUUACCAGAGAACAUUAUAAAAGAAAAAGUUGGUUCCGAUGUCCCGAUUAUUUUUUCUUUUGUCAAAGAUGAAGGAUUAUGUGGAGGAGCAGAUAUUUUAACUAAACCUGGUCACUAUACUGAAAUGCUAGAUCGCUGGGAUGAGGUGAUGCCUCAUAUUUUAGAUUACAAUUACACUGUACCACAUGAGAAGAGGUCAGAAAUCGGGCAACAGAUUAAGAAAUAUUAUAAAGUUGAUGAUUCUCCUCAAGGACGUAAAAAUCUUAUUAGGAUGAUCGGAGAUCGUUUAUUUUAUGCAGGUAUCAGCAAAAUGUCAAAACUGCUAGCUUCCACACAAAUUUCACCAGUUUACAUAUACAAAUUUUCUUACAGAGGAAAGCAUUCAAGUCUUGAAUUUUUAAACAUUAAAGAAGACUUAGGUGUUAAUCAUGGUGAUGACAUCUUUUACACCUUAGGGUUUUCGAAUGUUAGGCUUUUAGAGACUGAAUCUGAUAUAGAAAUCUCUGAACAAUUACUUGACGUAUUUGUAACUUUUAUAAGAAAUGGAUUAUUAGGAGGAAAUUGGGAAGCUGUGAACGUGCAGCUACCAAAGAUUGUCUUCACAGAUAUCAAAGGUCCGAAUGAUUUUCAGCUGGAUACAGUUGAUGAAUUAGGAGAAGAAACUUUCUGGGACUCCUUAGGCUUUAAUGAAAACCUGAAAUUACCAGCUUAUAAUCAUGAUGAAUUUUAA